AUGACUAGUGAAAUUUCACACAAUAUAACUCAAAAUUUAUUUAGAACCAGUUUAGAAAAAAGUAUAAAUAAUGAAGUCAUCGAGCUUUACGACUACUCUAAAUUCAGCAAUAUUCAAUAUAUUGGUUCAGGAACUUUUGGAAAAAAAUUAUAG